AUGAAAAGAACAAAUCAAAACACUUCUUCCUCGAGUGGAGGAUCGAAAAGUAUUAUUUUGAAUAGGGGAAAUGUUCUUAUUAAAAAGACAUCACAGCAACCAUCGAUGACUACUAGUAGUAAUCAAUCAACAAGUAGUGCUACUAGGCUUGGUCCAAAAAGAAAUUCAUCAUUGAUUGUUGGCAGUGGAGGAAAUUCAUCAAAUAGGAAAGUCAAAAAGUCUCCAAUAUCACUAGAGUUUGCAUCAUGUGUUGAUUUUGUAAUAUCAAUUUUAAAUCAUUAUGAAUUAAAUUGUGGAUUGGAUAGUUCCGAUAUCUUGCUAGUAUUGAGUGGUGGUGCUAGUGAUGGUGAUGAUAAUGAUGUUAUGGAUGAUUAUUCUAGGCUUCAUCAAAUAAUUCGUUCCAUGUACAUUACAAUAUAUAAUGUAUUAAUUCUUUAUAAAUUUAAUAAGGUUUCACUUAAUAACGAGAAGCAUGAUUUGGAGAAAAUCAUCAAAUAUGUAAAUUAUGAAUUAAUGAAAUUAGAAUAUCCUAGAACAUUUAAAUUAAUUACUAAAAAUGAUCAACAAUUAUGUACAGAAUUAUUGAAUACUUUAAAUUGGUUGAUAUUAUCACAUGAUCAAUUACUUUUCAAACAUAUUUUGAAUAUGGAUUAUUUGAAUCAAAAUUUAAUUAAUGGUGAAUUGCCGAGUGAUCAUUCAUUGUAUUAUUUUUUAAAGAAUGUAAAGAAUUCUUCAAAUAUUUCACCAAAUGAAAAGUUUACAACCAUUCAAUUAAUUCACAAGUUAAUAAUUAAUAUCAAUAAGAUAUUCAUGAUUAUGAGUAAUUUAUAUAACAAGACUAUGCAAUCCUAUUUACUAAAUAUGGAAUGUGAAAAUAUUGGAUUUACACCAUUUGAAUUGAAUUUACUAUUAUUAAAUGAUCACAGUUCUCAAUUAUAUCAAUUGAAUAAUUUUAUUGAAUCAUUUAAUUCAAUUAUGAAAUAUUAUGAAUUACUGAUAAAUCAUGCAACAUUCAAAACAUACCCACCACAUAAUACAAAUGAUAUGGAUGAAUCAUCAUCUCCAACACAACUUUUAGAUGGAUUUAGUAUUGAAUUAUUACUUGGUCAACUCGAAUCAUCAAUAGAAAGUUCUAAUUCUUUAAUUGAUGAAUUUAUUGAAGCAUGUGAGAUGGAACCAAUACCUUCAUUAUAUGGUAAUGAAUCGAUAAGUUCAUCUCAUUCUACUGGAUCAUCAAUAUUGGAUAGUGUAUUUUAUCGAUUGAGAAUGGAAAAGAAUCAAGAUACUAAUAAGAAACCAUCAUUUCUCUCACAGAAAAAGAAUGAUCCUCAAUUAACAAAUUCACAAUCAUCCAUUGUUCACCAUUUGGAAGAUUUAGAAUCAAUGAAGGAAUUAUUAUUGAAUGCUAUUCAUCAUUCUGAAUAA